AUGGCCCCAACCAAAGAUUCAUCGAGCCAAUCAGACGGACCGACCAAGCCGAGUUCCGCCAAGGUCGACACCAGAAGCGGUCAGUCCUCACAAGACGAAGAUGGCUUCAUCGACAUUCAGCCCGAAGACGUGGAAAUGCAAGACAGCGAUUCGGAUGCUGUUGCUCCACCUUCGAAAGCGCCGUCUGAUACUUUAGAGCUCCAGCGUAUUAGUCAUUCCGACCACGCGGAGGAGGUCCCGGACGAAGAAGACGAUUCUGAGGACGACCGUGACUUCAUGGCCAACCAUCCCUUGUUGAAUAUGUUGACUGGGCGGCUGGGGGCCCGUCGACGAGGCUCUUCGCAUAAAUGGGAUCGUCUUCAUCCUGAAAACCAAGCAUUGUCUGUGUCCGACGUGGACCAGUGCACCUCACUUGAAGAGGCGGCAUUUCCCCCGGAAGAGAGGGCAACUCGCGAAAAGUUUCAAUACCGUCUUACAAGAUGCCCCGAGUUGAGUUUAGGACUGUUCACCCAGCCGACUAAAGCAGAAGCAAAGGAUGCGCCCACACCACCUCAGCGACGCCUAAUAGGGCAUAUUGUCUCGACCAGAACUCCGGCACCUUGCGUUACUGAGGCUUCGAUGGGCGUCCCCUCAAAUUGGAGGGCGAGGAGGUCUUCGCUACCGACCAGCGAGGAUAAAGAGCCUUUGGGACACCAAGAUAUGGGUGGGACUAUCUGUGUUCACUCUUUGGCUGUGGCACCCGAGUUUCAGAAAAUGGGCCUGGGCUCGAUCUUGAUGAAAUCGUAUAUUCAACGUAUGAAAGAUUCCAAGAUUGCUGACCGCAUAGCUUUGCUCGCACACGAUCAUCUCGUUCCAUUCUACACGGGCCUGGGUUUUGAAAACAUGGGACCAAGUACGGUUACAUCCCACGGCGGAAACUGGAAUAAUAUGAUACUCGAAUUCAAUCAUGAAGACGACGAUUAG